AUGCAGUGCACCACCAUCCCCAUCACCCUCCUCUCCUCCAUCGCCUUCACCUCGGCGCGCCCACAAACUGGUCCUCCAGUCGCCUCUUGCCCCGUCACUGCUCAGAUGCCCGAGUGCGGUGUCCCUUGCAUUUCCGCAGCUGCUAUCGAAAUCGGCUGCACCAAGUACAUGGACUUUGAGUGCCAGUGCAAGAAUGCCGCGGCGAUGCAGGCUGCUGUGAUGCCUUGUGUUGCUCAGGCUCGCGGUGCUGCUCUUGCUCCCGUUGUUGGCCAGGUUGCGAAUGCCAUCUGCGAGCAGUGUGUCACCAAGGCCUAA